AUGAAUGAAUCAGAAUUUAAAAUUUACAAAAAAAAUCUGAAGGAUAGAGAAAAAAGCUCUUAAAAAACCUUAUGGUUAGUUAUUUAUAUUUGCUUUAUCUUCCUCCUAUUUGGAUCGUUUAAUAUUUGUGGUAAAAUUUUUUUGACAUGUGCUUACAUCUAUUCAUUUUCAGAUAGCAUUUCUAAUUUAGAUUACACAUCAUUAAACUUAGCAAAUUUUUAGUAAUUUAAUAUGUAGAAUUAUUGUUAGAUGGUUUCUCUUUUAAUUGGUAGGACCUUUAAGCCUUCCAUUUUUACCUAAUAUUAUUGGCAAAAUGAAAUUCAGAUUCAUAUUAUUAACAGCAUCUAUUGGUCCUAUAAUAUUCCUGACUCCAGCACCUUAUGCUUGUUUAUGUAAAGGUUCUAUAUCACCUGGUUGUAAUAAAACCAUAAUAUAUGUAUGUGCCUUUUUCGUAUCUAUAAUUGCUGGUUUAAUGCAAUCCAUAUUACUAUUUACUAUGUUAUUUUAUUUAUCCAAUCUCUCUAGAAGCUAAGAAAAAGUGAUUUAUUAUGGUUUGUUUUUUUUCAUGUAACAUAAUACCUUUUUUAUAAUAGUCAUUAAUUGCAAUGGUUGCUUGGAAGUUUGAUUGGUGAAAUUUUCAUUACUUAUGAUAAUAUGAAUUCUCAAAACUCAAUAUCAAAAGUUUUUGGAUUACUUAUUUUAUUAUAAUUUCUCGUAAGUCUACUUUAUUUAUCUAUUCCGGAAAAAUCUAAUGGUCGAUAUUAUAAAUUUUUCAGAACAAUAUUUGAAUAUUAUUCCAAUUCUAAAGCUUAAAAGCAAUCAUAAUUAGAAUAAACUGGAGGAAUUAGAGAAUUACUUUUAAAAUCAUCUUAAAUUAAUACUGAUAAUGAUAAUGAAAGUGAUACAUUCAAAAAUGAAGAACAUAGUUCAAGAUCUGAAUCAAGAUCACAAAUAGAUUUACAUUUAUUUAAAUCAUAAAUGUUUUAAAAUUCUAAUACCAAAUCUAUUAUGACAUUAUAAUGUUUUUCUAUAGAAGAGUAAAGCUUAGUUGAACUUUUAGACUCAGCUAAUUCAAAUUAAAAUAUAUCGAAUUCCAUAUCUAUUGAAAAAUAUUAAAACCGCAAUUACUUUUAAAAUAUAUUCAUAACUUUAGAAAAACUAAAAAAUGAAGGAUUUCUAUGGGUAUUUUUUUUGUUAUGUUUUAUUGGCAGUAUUUAGGCAUUUUUGUAUAUAUAUUUUUUUCCUUUUUUUGCUUAUCCUGAUUAUAAGAACUUAUCAUAACAAGCAGUAUUAGUUUUAUAAGGAUAUUUAUAUGUAGGAAUAGGUGAAUUAUUUGGUUCAUUUGGUAUUGGUUGGCUUGGAGAUUCAAAAGAUAAAAUAAAGUAAAUAUUGUAUAUAAACUAAAAGUGCUGUUAUAUAUAUUCUUUAUGUUUUCUAAUUUGGUUGCUUAAUAGCUUGGAUGUCAUACUUCUUUUAAUAUGAAAUUUUUGUUUUGGUAUUCUCAUGCUCAACAGGAUUUUGUGAUUCAGCUAUGACUUCAACAGUGAUAUCUGUUUUAACUUUAAGAUUUCCUAAAGUAAUUUAUUAUUUAAAAUAGCUCAUAUAUUUAGUUGAUUUAAUGUAUUUAAUUUAUUCUGUUUCAUUUGCUAUCUUGGCUUUAGUUUUUAUUUCAUGUAAUUUUGAUAACAACACAUUUAUAUCUCUGAUUGUAUUACAGAUUUUUGGAAUACUUGGAUUGUGUGCUAUAUACAAAAUUAAAAAUCUUAUUCAAAAUAAUUCAAUUUUAGUACUUUCAUGA